UUGAACGGUCCUACCUGUGUAAAGUACGGUUUGCGAUGGAUUCGUCCAUCCCAUAGGGAUAAACGUUGCGAUUGAGACGCUAGUAUGAUGCAACUCAACAUAUAAAUGACAACACUUAUCCCACUCCAAGGACGGGUGCCCCGAUAAGCUAUCAUCGAGAUCGAGGUGCCCUUCUCGUUGAAACAUUCCUACCAGUGAAAAGUACGGUUUGCGAUGGAUUCGUCUAUCCCAUAAAGAUAAAUAGUGCGAUUGAGACAACAGUGUCACCCCUGUCUAUGGGAAAUGCUAUCAGAAAUGAGCUGUCAUUUGUCAAUGGAAGAGAAAUUUCACUGUCCCCCCUGGCUUACUGAUGUCACUGAGGACGGAGCCAACACCUGGAGUGAUAAAAUUACUGAAAUGCAAGCUACAUCUGGAAUUGAAAUGUAUGAGAAUUUACGCACUCAAAGACGCCAUUUUCCUUUUGUCGCCGAUAAUAUUUCUGAAGAAGUGAAAGAUGUUAUUACUAAAGAAAUUGCAAAUGAAUCUGAGGGCAGAACUACUGGAUCAAAAGCUGCAGCAGGAAUUGAAACAAAAAUUGAAAAUUACGAGAAUAUACGCACUCAAAGACGACAUUUUCCUUUUGUAGCAGAUAAUAUUUCUGAAGAAGUGAAAGAUGUUGUUACUAAAGAAAUUCCAAAUGAAGCUGAGGGCAGAACUAUUGGAUCAAAAGCUGCGGCAGGAAUUGAAACAAAAAUUGAAAAUUAUGAGAAUAUACGCACUCAAAGACGACAUUUUCCUUUUGUAGCAGAUAAUAUUUCUGAAGAGGUGAAAGAUGUUAUUACUAAAGAAAUUGCAAAUGAACCUGAAGGCAGAACUAUUAGAUCAAAAGCUGCUGCAGGAAUUGAAACAAAAAUUGAAAAUUAUGAGAGUAUACGCACUCAAAGACGACAUUUUCCUUUUGUAGCAGAUAAUAUUUCUGAAGAAGUGAAAGAUGUUAUUACUAAAGAAAUUGCAAAUGAACCUGAGGGCAGAACUAAUGGAUCAAAAGCAGCAGCUGGAAUUGAAACGAAAAUUGAAAAUUACGUAAAUAUACGUACUCAACGACAGUACUUUCCUUUUACAACAGAUAAUGUUUCUGAAGAAGUUAAAGAUACUAAUGGUGAAAUCGAGGUAGAUGGUGAAAAAACUAUUGAAUCAGAAGCUACAGCUGGAGUUGAAACAAUAAUUGAAAACUUUGAGAAUAUUCGUACACAACGACGACAUUUUCCUGGUUCAACAGGAAGUAAUAUUUUCGUGAAUCGUUAAAAAAUGACAAUUUUUUGCAGAAUCACUGGUGCAUUCUGGUUUCAGCUAUAAAUCAAGGAUUCAGAGGAGUAUUAGUACAGACCAGAAGAAAAUCAGCAAAUAAUAAAAUUGCACUGAAUAAAAGAGAACAUCUUCAAGCCUAAAUGAAUGGAAGAAGAGAUGAAAAUGAAAUAAAGUCUUCAUAAAUUGACAAUGACCAAAUUAAUGCCUCUGAUAGAGGGCUGGUAUGUAAAAAAAGCAAGUAUUCUAUAAUAAUCAAAUAGAAAAAUCUAUAGAAUAUUGAAGUUAUCAGUUAUUAAUCGAUAAAAUAAAUGACAUUUUUGAUUCAUUUAUUUUAAAUAUUAUGUUAGCCUUAAUAAGUACUUUGAUUUUUCCAUAUAUAUUUAGAUAAUGAUCAUUGGAAAUUAAUAAAAAAAUUAUUAAUGGCUUUUCAUAGAGCACAUUAAAGCCCAUGCUGUUAUUUUUGUUUUUAUUCACUUCAAACAGCAAUGGCAACGAUCAACAAUGCGGCUUUUUUGCUUGUUGACACUGCCCUCAAGGCUUUUUUUUUUUUUUUCAAAGUGCUUUUAUAAUUUUAUCAAUGCUGAAUUUUAAAAUUCCUGUUCAUUGCCAAAUAUGAAUAUUUGCUUAAUGUAGUAGAAUCGACACAUAUCACAAGAAAAUAUAAAUUAAAAGAAUAGCAUGAAUAGAAAUGGAAUUAGUAAUACUUCUAUUUUUAUACUUCUCCCAAAAAGAUUUUGUAUAAGUUCUACAAUAUGGAUAAAAGAGUAUGCAGUUCCUUUUUAUUUAAUAAUAAACCAUUUUCAAUUAUUCACAUUUUAUACAAAGAUAAAUAAAAUGGAAAAUCAUAUUUGUGAGAUCGAGUUAUACUUCACUUUUUAUUUACAGAAUUUCAGAACAGAAAUUACAACAUUUUGACAAGGUGCUAUAUAAUAGUUGACUAAUACUUC